AGGCAGCUGUUCAAGAUAUCCCUAGUUUGGAACCAGUUUGCAGCGCCGCUGUGUUUUACUGAAGGCAUUUGGGAUCUGCACAUGGUAAGCAAAGACAUUAUGAAUUCCUCAACUGAUCACCUCAGGAUCACGGCUGUGGAAGAAGCUAUGCGCCACAUUGCCAUAGUAACCAACGUUAUCAUCCUGAUCCUGGGAGUUACUGGCAAUGGGCUGGUGGUGUGGGCCGUAGCCAAGAGGGAGAAGCGCAAAACCUUCACCUCCAUCUGUUAUCUCAACCUGGCAGUGGCAGACCUCCUCUUCUCUGCCGGUCGUAUCCCUGCCCUCGUACAGGAGAUCAUGUACUCCCAUUGGCCCUUUGGCCUCGCCUUGUGCAAGCUCCACACGUUUGCCCGCUACCUCACCGUCUUUACCAGCGUCUUCAUCCUCACCAUCAUCAGCGUUUACCGCUGCUUGUUGGUAGCACAGCCCGUGUGGACACGAAACCACCAGGGCCCUCACUUUCACAUCCUGAUGUGCACUGGGGCAUGGAUUCUAGCUUUUGCCUUCAGCGUCCCCUAUCUGGUGGUUCGGUAUAUUGAAGUCAGAAAUGGAGCAUCCUAUUGCAUCUACCGGACAGAUCUCAAGAUUUCCAUAGAUCUGCCCCUGAGGCUGAGCAGAUUCUUUGGGGGCUUCCUUGUGCCCUUCACUAUCAUUGCCGCAGCCUACUUAGUUCUGAUUUGCAAGCUUCGCGGGCGGCGCUGGGAAGGCUCCCACCGAACCUUUGCUUUGGUGGCCACCAUCGUAGCACUCUUCUUUGUCUGUUGGCUGCCCCACCACAUCUUCGUACUUCUCAGCACCAUCGUGAAGUCAAAGGACAUGUGGGGGGUCGGGCUCAAGCUGUCUAAUGCUCUGGCAUACCUCCACAGCUGCGUCAACCCUGUGUUGUAUUGCUUCGUAGGCUAUAGGCGGAGCAGGGGCCUCCAUCGACGAGCUUCUUUCUUGGGUCUCUUCCGCAAGGCACUAAUGGAAGAGGACGAAGCUUCUGUUGGGGCAGAAGCCUCACGGAGCCUGAGCCAGAAGACCUAGGAACCAAAGGAAGGCUGGGCUUCUGCGUCCCAAACUUCUCACAUUUCUAAUAAAGAAGGCUCCUGGCUACUCUCAACACUUUCAGGAAAUAUGGGAGGUUGCAAUGGUCAUAACAGGAGGAUAUGCCAUCAGGAUGUCUGACUUUGAUUCUGGACCUGUGACCUUCUUGAUGCCCAGUGGUGGCUCCAGGCUUUAGAGUGCUGUCUCUGGCAAGACAAAUUCUGUGGGCUUCCCUCUUCCACUUAACCAUUGCUCACUUCCUCUUCCUCUGCAUUUGGGCCCAGUCUCAGCCCUUGCUCAGAGCAGGGCCGACCCUAUCAUUAGGCAGAGUGAGGCAUCAGCCUCAGACAGCAGAUUUGGGCAUUAUGAAAAGGCAACAAAUUGUCAGCUAUUUAGUUCGCUAUUAUUGUAUU